AUGACUAUCAACAACCUGAAAGACCAAGUUGCUUGGUUGCUGUCCGCGAGACCUUUCAUUCCAUCUGCCACCGACCUCCCACGUCCUACCAACGACGCGCCUACGAGCUCUUCGACCCUCUCGGCGCAAAGCACCGACACAGCCAACGGUUUGCUCUCGAGAGAUGCGCCAAACGAGCCGGUCAACGCUUUAUACGCCGCCCAGGAAGUGGAGUCUGAGUCCACCGGUAUAACGUCUGCGGGACUUCUACAAGGCCGAGCAGGCACUUCAACAGACAGCAGUUUGGACAUGGCAAGACUGAGGGCGGUACCUAGCUCCGCCACGAAGCCGCGGCUCCUGCAGCAAGGCAUCGUACACUAUCCCGAUAUACCAACCCAUGACGCACUGCCGGGAGCGCGAUCUGGGAAGAAGGAAAGAGACACUGCUCCGACCCCUCGGACCGCGCCUUUACCGCGCGUUGCUCGACAGAUAUCUCCGCUUAAAGAUCGUACCCCACUACGCGAGCCUGUGGUGCCGACGGAGGACUGGGACGUGGACACUGUCGACCUUACGGGAAAGCACAAUUCUUCGUCUUCAUCAAACAGCCCUAUACGGUCAAUUGCUGCAUCGGGCAGGAAACGGAAAAGUGAUGAGCUCAUGGCCGAUAUACAUUCGCAACCUCAUUCAAGACCGCGCUCUUGUAAGCCAAGGAGGGCCUCGACCACAGAUGAGAGCACCGAUAUGACAGGUUUUACGGCGAUCGACGACAUCUCGGAAGAGGACCCUCCACCGCCAUAUUCCACGAUUGUAGAGCGUGCUCCGCAUCCUGUCAGGCCAGUCUCACCAAGCUACACCCGAGGAGAAGACCUAGUUUUGGACGUCGUGAAAAUGGAGGAUGAUGAUAAGACCAGGACACCCACAAAACGGGACAGUAAGAAACGGAGAUCGUUAAGUCAAGUGUCUCUAAAAGCUGCGCCUCCGACCGCAGACGCUACACCGCGGACAACGCGAGGCUCACCGCUCAAGUCCAUCAAAACAUCGAGUCAUCUACUGAGUUUUCCAAGUGGGAAUCGCUUAAAUCAUGCGAAGCGGCGCAUGAUUGCUGACUCCGAAGAUGAGGAAGACAUAGGGGCUUCAGAGGACAACACUAUCUCAAAUUCUCCAUCAAAGUCAGGCAGAACGACUCGCCUUGAGCAAGAAAACUCCGUAACUCAACCCAAUCAAGCCAAGUUUCCUGAUGCCGUUCAGAUCAGCAUCACGGCCUCUUUACCAAGAAGCUCACCAGCAAAGAACACUGUUGUGCCGCAGAUUGAGCAACCAAAUACGCAGCCAGCAUCCUCUGCGAAGAUCGCCCAAGUCGAUAAGGAUGUGUUAACGAGAUUCCUAGCGUGGCCCGACUCGUGUCUGCAGGCCUCCCAUGAAGACAUCCGCGCCGAGGUCAAGAGCCGGUCAGCGGCAAUUGCUCAAUUUCUAGAAGACGCUGAGGAGCUGCCGCCAGAGCUUUCAACUCAGUUGAAGGAGUUGAAAGUGAAGAGGGAAGCGCUCGAAGCAUUGGUCGAAACACGUAAGAAUAUCUCGCGCAUCGGCAAGCGCAAAGAAGAACUUAAAGCCAAAAUCAUCGAGGCGAUCGACGAAGGUCUAGAAGCACCCAACUACCAGGGUGAUGUCGAUGAGAACAAGGCGAUCACCCAUGACCUACGGCAGUUGGAGCUAGAGACUAUCCGCUUGCUGCGUCUCUCUGAGCUUCUCUCUGACUCGGGUCAAUUGAGGAACCCGGCUGCUGAGCAGCUGCCACAAUCGGAUGUCGUUGUUCGCUCUACGCAAGUCACGCCGACCUUGGAACCCACAGCAACUCGUAGAGGUCCUGACUGGAGUUUUCCAGGACAUGCUGAAGUGAUACAACAGACUCAGGCAGGGCUGAGAGUAGAAAACACGCCAUCGAAGCGCUCCAGGUUCGCUGGCGAUCCGCCCAACUUCAUGCUUUCCGUUCUAGAAGAACCACCCACAGACGACACCCAUGCUUACUCUUCUACGCCGAAAAGGAAAGGAGCGAGCAAAGACAGACUUAGGAAGGAGGAAACAACCCACUCCAAUCGACCCCACGAAUCCCAGAUGCAGCAGUUCUCCUACCAGGACCGAGAACGAUCCGCUGGCUACCAGACUGCGCCUUACACCAGAGAGCGAGUGACGGCAUCCUCCUAUCAACGUCACCGGUCUCCUGAAGUUGACGACUUUCCCAACAAUGACGACUUCGAUACCGAUGUAGAUGGACUCUUCAGUAAUGUCAUGGGCACUCCACCGGCCAGGCCACUGCAAGACGACGAUGAGGGCGACUAUGGUGGUUACCAAGACGAUGAGGACAUGCUCGAGCUUGCAGAGGGGUUUGGAAGUGGGGGUGCAUCCGGUUCCACUGGUUGGCGUGGGGACUCUGGAAAUAUCUUUGGAGAGGCUUCCGGGAAUCAAAUGAGGGCGCCUCAAGAAACAGGGCGGUUUGCAAGUAAGAAGUCAACGCCGAAGGCAGCAAGCCAGUUACCUCCACCGUCCUUGAUGCAUCACCGUUGGUCCAAUGAUGUGAAGGCUGUGCUGAAGGACCGCUUCCGUCUCCGAGGUUUCCGUCAGAACCAGUUGGAGGCUAUCAAUGCCACCUUGGGUGGCAAGGACGUCUUCGUGCUGAUGCCUACGGGUGGUGGCAAAUCACUCUGCUACCAGCUGCCUUCGAUUAUCACUUCCGGCAAAACCAAUGGCGUCACUGUCGUAAUCUCUCCUCUUCUGAGUCUUAUGGAAGACCAAGUCGAACAUCUACGCAAGCUGAAUAUACAAGCAUUCAUGCUCAACGGCGAAUGCAGUGCCGAAGCUCGGAGUCAGAUUUUGACUGCUCUUCGUGAACAUCAAGUUGAGAAGUUCAUUCAGCUUCUCUACGUCACCCCGGAAAUGCUAAGUAAAAGUCAAGCCAUUAUCAACGCCUUCCAGAACCUGCACUCGCGACGCAAGUUAGCAAGAAUUGUCAUCGACGAAGCACACUGCGUCAGUCAAUGGGGUCACGACUUCCGGCCUGACUAUAAAGCUCUUGGCGAGGUGCGACAGAGGUUCAUGGGGGUCCCAGUCAUGGCCCUCACAGCUACGGCUACGGCGAACGUCAAGGUCGAUGUAAUACACAACCUUGGGAUUGACGGCUGCGAGACAUUCAAUCAGAGCUUCAAUCGCCCGAAUCUCACCUACGAAGUGCGGACUAAGGGCAAGCGUGAAGACAUCCUUGACAACAUCGCCAACAUCAUAACAAGCAAGUACAAGGGGCAGUCGGGCAUAGUGUAUUGCCUGUCUCGGAAGAAGUGUGUUACCGUUGCGGAGCAGCUUUGUGAAAAGUAUGGUAUCAAAGCUCACCAUUAUCACGCCGGCAUGGAGUCUCAAGAGCGGAGUUCCGUACAAAGGCAAUGGCAAUCAGGCAAAUACCAUGUCAUCGUCGCUACCAUCGCUUUCGGAAUGGGCAUUGACAAGCCGGAUGUUCGUUUUGUCAUUCACCACAGCAUCCCAAAGAGCCUAGAGGGCUACUAUCAGGAAACAGGCCGAGCUGGACGAGAUGGCAAGCGGUCCGGAUGUUAUCUGUACUAUGGCUACGGGGACACAACUGCGCUGAAGCGGAUGAUCGAUGAAGGUGAGGGCAGCUGGGAGCAGAAGCAGCGGCAGCUUCAGAUGCUCCGCAACAUGGUGCAGUACUGCGAGAACCGCAGUGACUGUAGACGAGUUCAGGUCCUUGCAUACUUCAGCGAACAAUUUCGACGAGAGGACUGCAACAACUGUUGCGACAACUGUACCUCAACAUCAACCUUCGAAAUCCAGGACUUUACGGAAUAUGCUGCAGCUGCAAUCAGCCUUGUCAAGCGGAUCCAGCACGAAAAGGUUACCUUACUAUACUGUGUGGACGUCUUCCGGGGAUCGAAGUCGAAGAAGAUCAUAUCAGCCUGCCACAAUGAACUUGAUCAGUAUGGUGUUGGUUCCAGCCUAGAUCGGGGAGACGUUGAGCGCUUGUUCCAUCGUUUGCUGAGUGAUGAUGUCCUCACCGAGGAGAACAAGGUAAACAAAGCUGGGUUUGCCAGUCAAUACAUUCUCCUCGGCAGGAAUUGUAACGACUACAAGCAUGGACGCAAACGGUUGAAGAUCCAAGUCCGGGUCUCGCCAAAUGGCAAGGCUGCUCCGAAACCGAAAGCUGCUCGAAAGAACCAUGGAACCGGUGUCGCUGCUGCCACACACGACUAUCCAAUGUCCACCAACGUCUCUUCUCCAAUCCAGGCCGCCUCACGACGACGCGUAGCCCAGAGAAACAUUCACGAAACUGAUAACGAGCUACACGCGAACGGCUAUUACCGCGACUCCUUUGUUGUGGCCGACGACGCCUACGAUAACGACGACGAAGACGAUGAGGACUAUGAAGACGACUUUGAGCCUGUCCGAGUUGCUGGCAGCUCAAGGAAGGACAGGAAGCGCGAACUCGGACCUCCUAUCACCGUCGACCGGAAAAUGGCAGGACUCGAUGAGAUUCACCAGCAGGUUGUUGAAAACUUCGUACAGGACGCCGGGCAGAUUAACAAGGACAUCCUUCUGAAGAGAGGUCUUCGCAAUCCUCCAUUCACCGAUACCGUCCUGAGAGAGAUGGCUAUCGAGUUCCCGCAGAACCUCGAUGACAUGUGCCGAAUAUCAGGCAUCAAUCUGGAGAUGGUGCGGCUGUACGGAAGUCGCUUCCUGAAGCUCAUCAAAGAAGCUCAGGAGUUCUACGACGGCGCAAUGAACAGCCACGUCAACAAGCGGAUCAACCAGCGGAGGGAGGACCGUGACCAUGACCCGAACCAUGAGAACGUCAUCAAUCUGAUCAGUGAAGACGAAGCCGAAGACGAGUAUGGCGACUGCGACUUUGAUGAAGACUCAGACGAGGGAGAACGGAGCGGCUACUUUGGUUCCGGUGUCAAAGACGCGGAGGUCCAGGCGUUCAAUGCGCGCUUCUCGCAAACACAAGCCCCCAAACCUAUGGCUCCACCUCCGGUCCCGAAUCCGCGAGCGUCGGCCUCGACAAGUGGCGCACGAUCAAGGUCUGGGGGUGGCUCAAGAGGCGGAUCCUCAAGAGGAGGCUUUCGGAAGCGCUCUAGUGGCUACUCGAAAGGCAAAAGCACUGCCGGAGUGACUAAGAAGGGUACAGCGAAGAAACGGAGUUCAAGCUAUUCGAAUGGGAACCUUGGAGGCUCGAGGCGCGGUGGAGGAUUUGGCGGCGGCGGCAUCGGUAUGAUGCCUAUCUGA